CUCUCUGUUUCCAUUUACCGCGCCGGUCCACAGUAGCUGUCAAACUUUGAUUCCUUGUACUUCGUGUUUCUUUCCUGCAUUUUAUGCUGACUGGAUAAUGUUGAAAAGCAAAUAAAACAUACAGUCAAGCUGCCUACGCGUAAUUCCAUUUUCAAUAUUCAUCCAUAUCGUAAAAAAAACGCGAAAUGAACCUAUACCACUACCUCAACUCGGUUCAACGCGUUUGGAAUGCCACCGAAGGUCAAGCCGUUGCCCGGCUCCUCUCGCUGGUCGAUUAUCAUGUGAACAAUCCGACUCUGUACGUCGAACAUCCGGAGACGGCCGUGGACCGACAGUUGGAAUCACCGUUGGAUGAGAUUGUUUCGUGCCAUCUGAAGGUGCUGUAUCAUCUAACCAAGGAACCCCGGAAUUACAGUGAAGCGUACAAGCAGCAAACCAACUGUAUUCAAGCCGUGGUCAAGAUGUUGCAAGCGCUGAAAGAUGAAAACUGGAUUCUGCCAAUCAUGUACACGGUGGCUAUCGAUCUGCGCCGGCUGGCGGCCAAGUGCGAGGAACAGUUGAAAAUUUCCAAACCGGGUGAAAUUCUGGAGAAGGCUGCCGAGUGUUUGAUGGGGUGCUUCCGGGUUUGCGCUGCAGAUAAUCGAGCCUCGGACACGGAUACCAAGCGGUUGGGAAUGUUGAAUUUGGUGAAUCAGCUGUUCAAGGUUUACUUUCACAUAAACAAACUGAAUUUAUGCAAACCAUUGAUCCGAGCGAUUGAGAGUUCAAAUUUCAAGGAGUCAUUCAGUCUGGCUCAAAGGAUUACGUACAAGUAUUUUGCCGGUAGGAAGGCGAUGUUCGAUUCGGAUUACAAAAACGCUGAUGAAUACUUGAGCUUUGCUUUCGAGAAUUGUCCGAGGAGGUUUGCGAGAAACAAGCGGCUUAUACUGAUCUAUCUGGUUCCGGUGAAGAUGUUGCUGGGGUACAUGCCCCGUAAGGAGGUUCUCGAGCGGUACAAUGUGCUUCAAUUCCACGAUCUCACGAUGGCACUGAAGGAUGGGAAUGUGCGGCGGUUCGAUGAGGUUAUCCAGAAGCAUGAAUCGUUUUUCAUUAAAGCCGGCAUUUAUCUGAUUGUGGAGAAACUGAAGAUUUUGGCUUACAGGAACCUUUUCAAGAAGGUUUACUUGAUUCUGCAGACGCACCAGAUCGAUUUGAAUGCUUUUCUGACGGCUCUGCAGUGGGUCGGUGAGGAGGAUCUGAGCAUGGACGAAACGCACUGCAUAGUGGCUAAUCUAAUCUACGAAGGCCGAAUCAAGGGUUACAUCAGUCUGCAGCACAAUAAGCUGGUCGUGUCGAAGCAGAAUCCGUUCCCGAAUGUGAUUGUUACGUAGGAGAUGGACGAAUACAUUUUUUUAGAGAUACUUUCUUUUGAAAUAAGUAUAAUAUCACAAUCACGAAAAAAUCACUUGAAAAUUCCAUUACUACAAACAAUUAUCGUAAAGUUAAUAAUGCAAAUUGACAAUUAACAGAAGCGGUGAAAUAUACCCCCAUCAAAAUCAUAGCAUCAUAUUACGAUAGGAUAAGAAUGCUUCACAACGAACGGCUAAAGGCAGAACUGCAGUUGCUUAGCAUGCCUCAUGGAAGCUCAAGUUGACGUUAAAUCGAUUAUUCAAAACCUCCACCGUCAGCCGAUUCCAACAGCCUGUAGAUACGAUGCAGAAGAACUUUGCCAAGCGGAUUAAGGUUGGUUUACACGAUAGCAAUAAAAUGCGGAUAAAUCGUCGCA